AUGGUUAAAUCUAACACUCCCACCGAUCAAUCUACCAUUCCUAGACCUUUAAAUUGUUUCUUGAUGUACCGUCUUGAAAAGCAAAAAGAAAUUGUUGCUAAAUGUGCCGGCGCUAAUCAUCGUGAUAUUUCCAAAAUCAUUGCCAAGUGGUGGCAAGAGGCUUCAGAGGAAGAAAAGAAGCCCUUCCGUGAGAGAGCACGCAUUGCUAAGAUGGAGCAUCGCCAGUUGUACCCCGAUUACAAGUAUACACCAAAGAAGAAAACUACUCCCAAGCGUGUUUAUAUUCGUAAGAAUAAGAAGGAGCAAUUUACUUCUCGUGCUAAAGAGAACAACAAGUUUAUGGAGCUAAUUUAUGACGAUUGCAACGCACUUGAAUUCGCUACUGAAGAAAUCGAAAGCACUAGCAGCAAGAGAAUCUUCAAUAGUGGAAAAGUCACCAAAAAAACUAGCAAGGUCACCAAAAAGAGAGCUGCCAACACUGUUGUAAUGCAGGACAUUUACGAAAAUUUUGAGGACUACAAACCUUUGAACUAUCACAAUGAUUGUCAAUAUGCCACUUCUGUCUCUUCCCAUCAAUCCAUUCCCGAUUUUUUCAAUUCUCCCCAAACCACUAGCCCUUCUACUGAUUGCUAUAGCGAUGCUGAUGUCCCCACCCCUUGUGUUGAACUGUCACCUUUUGAGGCAACUAUGUCUUAUUCAAUCAACCCAUUUGAAAACUUCUCUUCUUACAAUGUCCUUGACACACCUUGUAUCAACGAAUUCAACGCUUAUUCGCCUGUGCCUUUCGACACCCAAGUCGACUAUUUCCAUUUUGAUCACUCCAUUAGUAACAAGUUUGUUGAAGAUUUCAGUUAUUCUGAAUAUCCCGAUUUUUGCUCAACCGAACAGUAUCAGAGCUCAUUCUUGAUGAUGCAAGUACCUGAUCAAAUCCAAUACAUUGAUCCUGCCCUCCUCCAUAUGUAA